UGGUCAGUAUUUAAUUAAAAUGUAUUUUAUGUUAUUUGUUAGCUUUUGAAAUGUAAUUAUGGUGAUCUUGUACAACCUAAGUGUAGCGACACAUUUCCUGCCACAUCCGAAACGGCUCACAAUUAGCCAGCAUUCCGGCUAAGGGAGAUAGCCUACGGGGGUUUGUGAGUACGCGUCUUUUGCAGCAUCUGCGUCCAUGGGGGCUGGGUUGAGGGAGGCUUAAAAGCAAGGCUGUUUAGUUCGAAUAAAGCUAUCUUUGACUGCAGUUUACUGACACCGCUACAACGUGUUUUUAUCGCUGGCUGUCCAGACGGAAGGUGCUGAAACGCUUUGUCGCGUGUCUGGAAGAAGUGAAAACUUUCCUGGGCAGCAAAGGGCUCACCUUUCCUGAGCUGGAACAGCCAGAGUGGCUGGAAAAGCUACACUUCAUGGUAGACAUGACAGCGCACCUGAACACGCUGAACACAGCUCUUCAGGGGAAAGGACGUACAGCCCUGCACAUGUUGGAGGAUGUUUUGGCAUUCGAGCGCAAGUUGACAGUGCUUGCCAGAGAUUUACAGAAAGGCACUUUGUCUCACUUCCCCAAUUUGAGAGAGUUCAAACAAGGUCACGACAUGAUAAUUUCGGAGUAUUUACAUUCUGCAAUCAUCGCAAUGCAAACAUCGUUUGGGAAACGCUUCUGUGAGUUCAGAGAGGAAAAAAACACAUUAUCCUUCCCGGUCACUCCCUUAAGCAUCGAUCAAUCCCUACUGAAUACGACUGCAUUGGCAGGUGUGAGUCAACCUGAUCUUGAGAUGGAACUGGCCGACAUAGCCGACAAAGACAUAUGGGUGUCCAAGUUUAGACGCUUGACAGCAGACCUUGAAGAUGUUGCCCGUCAGAAGGCCGUUCUUGCUCAGAAACACAAAUGGAGUGAUAUUGAAAACCUCACAGAUGACAGCUUGCGAUCCUGUGUAAAGAUGAAGGUGACAUCAUACAGCCCUGAUGUGCAGACGCUGUGCGCUGAGGUCCAGGAGCAGAAAUCCCAUUAACCAAGUAUGAUAAAUAUUUUAAUUGCCUAUUAUUUUACUUAUAUUCAUAUUUUUUCAUUGUUCAGUGAAAUAGUCCUUUCAUUUUUCAGGAUGACAGCUGGCUGACGUUAUUUUUGGUUUGCUGCUGGCGGAAAAUUUAAGUUCGGCGUUUUUCAUAAAUACAAGAAGGACUCAAAUAGACAUUGAAUAUUUUACUUAAAAGUAACUUUCAACCCAACGUCUUUUUUUCGGAGUUCAAAAUGUUUUUGUUGCAUGCAGAAAUGUAAUUUCGUUUUCUCUGCAGGAGUUCAUCAAUUUCAUAAAUGCAACACAUUAUAGUUUGUUUAUACAUAGCAUAAAGGCAAAAAAAACGUUGUAUGCAGUGUUAUUUCAUUUUAAAUGUCAAACGGGU